UAGAUUAUCUUCAAAAGUGUAGAUGCCGUCAAAGAUGAAAUUAUCUUUUAUUGGUGCUUUAAAACAGAGGCCAUCCUAGUAUAGUGUUUUUCCGUAGACAUCUGGGCCUGCAAGGUCAGCCCUACACCUGCAAUUUGAUUUCCUGAUGAAGAUCGACCCGACUCUUCUUUUCCUUUCUGGCUCUGACUGGUGCUAGAAAAAGGAAAAACCCAAGACCCUGCGCUUGCUGUUUGCUCGAAAAGGGGGAUAAAUGGGAAGGACAAUGGAAUGGGCAGGCAGGGAGAAGCACAUGAGAGGAAUACCUAGGAAGAUGGUGUUUCUGGCAGUGGGGGCAUUCGCCAAGGCGGUAGCAACUCUUCUCAACACCACCUCCGUUCAUAAUGCUGAUACCCUCAUUCGUCUUGUGCGUUCUCGACCCCCUGGCAUACCACUCCUCACUGUUAGUAAUCACAUGUCUACCUUGGAUGAUCCACUUCUUUGGGGGUUCAAAGGUUUCCCCUCCUUGGAUGCCCAUUUGGCACGAUGGGUACUUGCUGCUGAAGACAUUUGUUUUAAGAAUUCUGUGCUCACUUAUUUUUUUAGACUUGGUAAAUGCAUACCUAUUACAAGGGGUGCUGGAAUUUAUCAGGAAUACAUGAAUGAAGCUCUUCAAUGCUUAAACAAUGGAGCCUGGCUACAUACAUUUCCUGAAGGUAAAGUAUCCCAAGAAGAUGCACCGAUAAGACGAUUAAAAUGGGGAACAGCUAGUCUGAUUGUUCGUGCCCAUGUGACUCCUAUAGUUCUUCCUAUGGUUCAUAGUGGGUUUGAAGAGGUGAUGCCGGAGAAGUUUUUUCUUGACAGAAGGCCUCCUUUUCCAUUAUGCAAUAAGAAAAUAAAAAUUAUGAUUGGAAAGCCUCUAGAAUUUGAUAUUCCUAAAAUGAGGGAGUUGGCAAUUUCAAAGUCUCGUGGUGAUGUAUUUUCUUCAACAACAACGUCUAGAGGAUGGCCCGUUAUCUCCUCUUAUGGAUUGGAUUUGGAUGAAGCAGCGCAGAGGUAUCUCUACUCAAGUAUUUCAGAUGAAAUACAAAGUGCCAUGGAGGAGUUACGAAGUUCCUUAAAAUAGAUUUUUUUUAAUGGAUAGUCACAUUUGAAUGUAAGGGUUAUAGUUGUGGCGCUAGAGGGUGCCUGUUGUUGGAAACUAAUUUUGCGGAGUUGCUAUCAAUAAAUGAUCCAAAUAUUUAUGGAAGCUCUUAAACCACACUUGGCAAUACUUGGGUUUUUCUUACUAGGGAAAACCAUUCUCUCUUAUACUUGGGGUUGAAGAGUUUAAAUUAGAUAUUGCAGAUGAGCCAUUAAUGUAAUUUGAUUUGUAUCGCUGAAUGAGUUUUUCCUCUUCAUUUGUAAGCACGGUUGCUUUUUGUUUAUUAUAUUAUUUUUUAGAA